GGUGAGCGGAUUGGGACGCAGCCAUUCAUUCAGCCUGUAGGGAGCAGAGGCGGUUAAAAGUUCCCUCUGUACAUAACCUACAGCACAGACAACAGACAACUUUCGGUUUGUACAGGAGCAGCUUUACUGCAUGACCUCAGCUCCAUCGCUCACUUACAGAACACCUGAACAGGGUUAGAGAAGGUGACAUGUCCCGACCGAGCACUGGCUCCCACAAAGCCAACAUGAACUCAUCUAAGCAGUCUAGUUCACUGAAGGCAAAAGGACUGAAAGACAUCAGGAUUGAUGAAGAGGUUAAAAUUGCUGUGAACGUAGCUCUGCAGAGGUUCCAGUACAGUGAACAGAAAGAAAUGGAGUUUCCUUCAUCACUAACCAGCACAGAGAGAGCUUUUAUACAUCGCCUUGCUCAGUCCUUGGGCUACAUUUCAAAAAGCAGAGGUAAAGGCUCAAACCGGUUUCUCACCAUACGGAAGAAGGAUGGCUCUGAGGCAGCUCAGUCCAUUAUGACGUUUAACUUUGCUGCUAACUCCAAGCAUGUGGUGCGAAGCCUGCUGCAGAGGUUUCCAGUCACCAAUAAAGAACGCACUGAACUGCUUCCGCGCACUGAGAGGGGGCUGUCUGUUUCAUUAGAAGCUGGCGAUAGCAUGCGAGACAAGAACAGGACCAGCGGCAGGCUGAAUAAUGGUAUUCCUCAAGUGCCUCAGAAGAGAGGACCAUCUGAACUGGAAUGCUUUCGGCGGGCUCUGCCUGUCUUUGAGCGCCAGGAGGAGAUAGUGGCAACCAUCAAGGAAAACCAGGUGGUCCUGGUAGUGGGCGAGACAGGCUCAGGCAAAACCACCCAGAUCCCACAGUUCUUGCUGGACGACUGCAGCAGGAAAGGAACACCGUGCCGAAUCUUCUGCACACAGCCCAGAAGGCUGGCAGCCAUUGCUGUGGCAGAGCGCGUGGCUGCAGAGAGAGGAGAAAGUGUUGGCCAGACUAUUGGCUACCAGAUCCGCCUGGAGAGCAGAGUUUCCCCCAAAACCUUGCUUACAUUCUGCACAAGUGGAGUGCUGCUCAGAACCCUGAUGGCUGGAGAUGCCACCCUCUCUACUGUCACACACGUCAUCGUGGACGAGGUCCACGAGCGGGACGGCCUGACGGACUUCCUCCUCACCAAGAUGCGGGACAUGCUGCAAAAAAUGCCCUCUCUGAAGCUCAUCCUGUCCAGCGCUGCCUUGGAUGUGGACCUUUUCAUCAGAUACUUUGGCAAAUGCCCCAUCAUUUACAUCAAAGGACGUCCAUUUGAAGUCAAACAGCUCUUUCUGGAGGACAUCUUGCGGACCACAGGCUACAUGAGCAAAGACAUGAUGAAAUAUAAGAAGGAGAUGCAAAAAGAGGAGAAGCGGCAGACGUCUCUUACUGAGUGGUGUGAGGUAAAGGAGGGAGUUUCUCGGCCUGAGCCUCAGAGGGACAAGCCGCCUGCCUGCAUCCUACAGGAGAACGACCUGCUGGAUGAUGGAGGGGAGAGCGUCUUCAGCCAGCUGAAUGAGAAGGACGUGGCCUCGUUGGAGCCGUGGCUGCUGAAGGAAAUGGACACUUGCAUCUCGGACAUCUUCCUGGAGCAGGACGCUGAUGCCUUCAUCCAGCUUUUUAACCUCAUUCUCAAUGAGAACAUCAGUGUUGACUACAGGCACAGUGAGACAAGUGCCACUCCACUGAUGGUGGCUGCAGGAAGAGGCUUCAUCAGCCAGAUGGAGCAGCUCCUCAGCAUGGGAGCCAGUGUGCACAUCAAAGCCUCCAAUAGCUGGACUGCGCUUGACUGGGCCAGACACUUUAACCAGACCGAGGCGGUGGAUCUUCUGGAGUCGCAUAUCUCCUCUCUGGAGGCAGGCCAGCUGGACGAGUCGUCGCUGGUGCAGUCGUCUAGUGGUGAGCUGAGUGCUGAGGACCAGGAGCUGCUGAAGGCCUACCACCACAGCUUUGAUGAUGAGAAGGUGGACCUGGAUCUCAUCAUGCAUCUUCUCUACAACAUCUGCCAAAGCUCUGAUGAAGGUGCAGUUUUGAUAUUUUUACCAGGAUAUGAUGAAAUAGUUGGACUGCGUGACCGUCUUCUUUUUGACGACAAAAGAUUUGCAGAGCAUCAGCAGAGGUACCAGGUGUUCACACUGCACUCCAACAUGCAGACCUCAGAUCAGAGGAAAGUUUUGAAACCAAGUCCAAACGGGGUUCGCAAAAUAAUUCUUUCAACAAACAUUGCAGAGACGAGCAUCACAGUCAAUGAUGUUGUCUUUGUCAUUGACUCUGGCAAAGUUAAAGAGAAAGCUUUUGAUGCCCUGAAUCAUGUGACCAUGCUAAAGAUGGUUUGGAUAUCGAAGGCAAGCGCAUUACAGCGUAAAGGAAGAGCUGGGCGCUGCAGGCCGGGAAUCUGUUUCCAUCUGUUCAGUCGUCUGCGGUUCAAUAACAUGCUGGAGCACCAGGUCCCUCAACUGCUGCGUAUGCCACUGCAGGAACUCUGUCUCCACACUAAGCUACUUGCUCCCAUUAACUGCCCUAUUGCUGAAUUCCUGGCUAAAGCUCCAGAGCCACCACACCUGAUGACUGUCAAGAAUGCUGUGCAGAUGCUCAAGACUAUAGAUGCCAUGGAUCCGUGGGAGGACCUAACGGAGUUGGGCUAUCACCUGGCUGACCUGCCCGUGGAGCCGCACCUUGGGAAGAUGGUGCUUUGUGCUGUGGUGCUCAAGUGCCUGGACCCCAUCCUCACCAUCGCCUGCACGCUGGCCUACAGGGACCCUUUUGUGCUGCCUGCUCAGGCCUCACAGAAACGAGCUGCCAUGCUGUGCAGGAAGCGCUUUGCCGCCAACGCUUUCAGCGAUCACAUGGCUCUGCUUCGGGCCUUUCAGGCGUGGCAGAAGGCCCGCGGCGACGGCUGGGAGAGAUCCUUCUGUGAGAAAAAUUUUCUGUCGCAGGCCACCAUGGAGAUCAUUAUUGGGAUGCGGACCCAGCUUCUGGGCCAGCUCCGAGCCAUAGGCUUUGUGCGAGCUCGAGGUGGAGGCGAUAUCCGUGACGUCAAUCUGAACUCUGAGAACUGGGCUGUAGUGAAGGCUGCGCUGGUGGCAGGCAUGUACCCCAACCUGACCCACGUAGACAGGGAAAGCUUGACGCUCAUGGGAGCCAAGGAGAAGAAAGUCCGCUUCCACCCUACGUCUGUCCUCAGCCAGCCCCAGUACAAGAAGAUCCCUCCAGCCAAUGCCCAAGCAGCAGCAGUCCAGUCCCUGCCCACUGAUUGGCUAAUCUAUGACGAGAUGACCCGGGCACACAGGAUAGCCAGCGUGCGGUGCUGCACUGUGGUCACUCCGCUCACCGUGGCUGUGUUCGGAGGGUGUGCCAAACUGCCCAGUACUGCCUUCCAGGAGCCCGCCAUGCCAAGAGCUGUAGAUGAGGCUGUGAACGAGAGCAGUGACAGUGAGAUGGAGGAUCGCUCCACAGCUCACCUGGCCCAGAUUAAGAUUGACGAGUGGCUUAACUUCAAGUUGGAUCGAGAGAUGGCAGACCUGGUGUUCCAGCUCAGGCAGCGAUGGCAGGGUCUUUUCCUGAGAAGAAUCCGCUCACCUUCUAAGCCGUGGUCUCAGCUGGACGAAGCGACGAUCCGAGCCCUGGUCUCAGUGCUGUCCACUGAAGAGCAGGCAUCAGGCCUGCAGCAGCCCACAGGCGUUGGACAGAGACCCAAACCCAUGUCCUCUGACGAGCCCCCACAGCCCUCCUCUUGGAAGAGCACCAACAGCCGCAGGAGCCUCCUGGACACGGAGAGGGGCGAAGAGGCAGCCAGUGCGGACAGGCCUCCAAGACUGUCCCCUGCUCUUCCUCAGUCUAAGAGUCACAGAGAAAAAGGUGCUGCUCACUCCAAGCGUUCCACUGAUGACCAUCUCUCAGUAAAAGCAGAUAGCCCCAGCUUCAACAGCCCCUCUACCAGCCCCUCAUCCACCUCCUCGGGAAAAUGUUCCAAGUCACCAUCCCCGAGAUGCCCUGCACCUGUCCGUUAUUUCAUCAUGAAGAGCAGUAACCUUAGAAAUAUUGAGCUCUCCCAGCAGAGGGGCAUCUGGUCCACUACGCCCAGCAACGAGCACAAACUCAACCGAGCCUUCCAGGAGAACAGCGUGGUCUUUCUCAUCUUCUCCGUGCAGGGCUCCGGACACUUUCAGGGCUAUGCUAGGAUGAGUUCAGAAAUUGGUUCAGAGCGCUGUCAGGACUGGGGGUCCUCUGGGCUGGGAGGGGUCUUCAGGGUGGAAUGGAUCCGUAAAGAGAGUCUCCCCUUCCAGUUCACGCACCAACUACUCAACCCCUGGAACGACAACAAGAAAGUGCAGAUCAGCAGAGAUGGACAGGAGCUGGAGCCACAGGCUGGGGCGCAGCUGCUACAGCUGUGGGAUCGCAUCUCCACCAAACAGCAGCAUGAGCUUUGAAGGAAGAUGUUGAUGCCACUGCUGUGGACUGUGACCUCAUGUACCUCAUCAACACUCCAAGCGAAGCAUAGUAAACAAAGGACUUCUGCUGCAUUUUUCAGCCCAGUCGACGUGCCGCAUUUGUAGCAUUUGAUCGAGUACCAUGUGCAAUAAUUUAGAAAACAGAAAACCUUAAAAAGAUUUAAAAUAUACUAACAGAACAGAUGUUUCAGCAUUGGCUGCCCAUUGGCUGCUACUGUAAAUGAAUUUAAAGUCAACAGAUUUUCUGUUCUCUUUUAGUGGAAAAGCGUCAACAUUGUAUAUGUGGCAGUUGACCAAAUGCUACAGAUGUGGCAGGUUGAAAACAGAUAAGGCUGAAAAACACUGGAGUAUUCUUUUCACGUUUUCAAAAGGUACGCAACUCUAGUUCUAGACUCAAACACAUUUCGUCCUCCUAUCCUGUACCAACCCAUUUUUCAUGCUGCGGGGCCAGUUUUUAUGUGCACUGUUUUACUUGCUGUGCAAUUGUUCCUUUGCUGUCUAUGAUGGCUUGCACAGACACGAAAUAACACUAAUGUUGCCAAGUUUCUUGUUAUAAUGUGAAUUCUACCAAGUAUGUUUAGUUGACCCAUAGAGAUUGUUUAGCAUAUUUAAAUGAACAUAUUAAGCAUAUUUUAAUAUGUGAAAUGUGAGUCAAAAGGGAAGAAGCUCCAUAUAUAAAACAAAUUAACUUGUAAAGAACUGAAAAUGGUGCGCGGUCAUUCCCUUAAGUGUCAUGUAGAAGUGCAAGAUGUGAAAUCAUUAAUCUGUGAAGAAUCUCACUGAGAAUGAAGGAAAAGGUGGUCAUCACUGGCUGGACCGCUGUAUACUUCGUCUCUGUUCUGCCUGUUUAUUUUACGUUUAAGCUCCUGGAAAUACGCAAGUUAUGGGUAAGAUUUCUCUCUCCCUUUUCCCUCUUUUAGAUCAUUUUGUUCAUUGAUUCAUUACUUGAGCUUGGGAGAAGAGUCAUCGACUUGAUAUGAUAUGCAGUGUUUGCCUGUUUUUAUGGCAGAAUUCAGGUUAAUUGAAAUAAUUUAAUUGUUCAUAAUAAAUAAAGUUUCUUGUUCAUUUCAAAA